UGUCGAUCAGAUCUCAGAUCUGACGGGAAUAUAUGGUAAUUUUCAUGUCACCAAACACGCUUCCACAACGAACAAUCACAAUUGAGACAUCCUUAUGACCGGUGCUAGAGUCCGGAGGUCUACACCGACAGAACCUCAAGCUUAUCGACUGUUCAAAGGCAUAUGGCGCCAUCAGCCUGUGCUCUCCACUUUCUCGCUAAUCACUCCAUCAAUGGGAAAAGGACGAUCUGAUGCACGAAUGCUUCUCACUACCAUUUGCGGUGAUCUGAUUGAGAUUUGGGGUCGGCAAGGUGAGUGACAGGUCUGUAACACCAGCACAUGACUGAUUAGACAGUGGUAAAGCCUUUAGCCUGCCUCCACGCAGAUAGACCAAGGAAGAGAGAAUAUAUUAUCCGG